AUGCAUCACGGGUUUGACUUCAGCAAGCUUUUCACAGACGGCAUCUCCUGGGUACGCGGCGAAAUAGAGGCAAACCUGCGAAGACAUAUCACCAGCGUCUUGGAAAAAAAGUACAAUCCUACCGCACAAUCCAAGAUCGCAAUCAGUGCUGAGAGCAAGAAAGUUGUCCAAUUCUACCGCGAGGCCAUACGUGAAUGGGUGCAGACGGUGGAUAAAGACCAAACAAAGGUAAUGGAACCAGGUGAACUUCAAACUCCAUUCAUCAAGAUGUUUACACUUCCAAGAACACCAGGGCAGAGACGAUUAGUCUUUGAUCUAAUCAGCAAUGAAUUUCCAAGGGCAUUCGCAAGUACCAUGGCCACGCAAGAUAGAACGCAGUUGAAAAUUGAGUUGUACGCUAGUGCAGCUGAUGUUGCUGAAAAGAGGGACAGCGCUAUGUGCAAAGAGGUAGAAGAAGAGCUGUCGAAAGCAGUCGGGUUUCGGUAUGUUAUUGAUUCGUUGCGUGAGUCAAAAUUGCCCAUCGUUAUUCACAACGGUCUCAUGGACAUUUCCAAGUUGCUUGCGAAUUUUGUAGCCCCACUGCCGGCUCACUUGGACGAAUUCAAGAAACAAGUGUCAGCUGCCUUUCCGUUUUUAUACGAUACGCGUUGGAUGAUGCAGCAUCUAUGCGACACUAACGAAGCUGUUCGACGAGCUAUCAAUUCCGAUAACGCCCGCAGCAUGGACGAAGUCAUUCGCACAUUACGUCGGCUAAUAGCGAAAGUAGAAAAGACUGUACUCCCCGAGAUUCGAACUCUCAUUCCGGGUGAGUCUGUGGAGUGGAGAAGCACUCACAUUAAUGAAGCUGUUUUGUCAUCUAAGGGCAAGGGUACAGUGAUCAAACCAGGAGUCAAUUCCGAGUCUCCCAGCGGCGAUAGAUUCGGCUUCGGUCGGUACGCUUUGGGCGAUGAACGAGAAUUCAGUCAUGAAGCUGGCUUCGACGCCGUAGAGACUGGGAAACUGUUCACAAUGCUCCUGCAGCUCAGCAAAGUAGAUUGUACUCCGGGUGUUUUUGAUUUGGCUUGCGAUGAACUUGCUACGUUUCGAAACAGAGUCUAUUUAGGUUCUUGUGGAGGCUUCCGCUGCAUAAACCUCCUGACACGAAAUCAGCCAGAAGAAAACGUUUACCUUCUAAAGGGGAAUGCCGUUUUAGCUACGGGAGAAUCGAAGGAGGAGAACGAAGCUAUGGAAGACAGUGCUCCACACCGGCGGCGGCGUCGCUUGCUUCUGCGUAUAACUGCAGGGACGGGGUGUGGCGUGGAAAAAUCAAUGACUGUAUCUGCAGCCCGGAAGACAACAAUGGUUGUGCUGAGUAGAAAUACAAACGGUCAAACCAUCCGGCAUGGGAAGCGUAAGCACAUCGAAGACACCAACUACACUCAGGAAGUCGAGGCAGUAAUCAAAAAUGGUGAGGAUAUUGGCGUUAAAGUGAUUCCAUACGCGGAUGCAUUAUCUGGUCAGACUGCUACAGACUAUAAAGACCUCAAGAAGAGGAGAUGUGCAUAAACGCAUCUCUCAAAGAUGCAGACCAGGUCCUUUGCUUUGAGCACGUAUGUUGUAGAAUGAAAUCACCGGCAUCUGAGGCCCCUUAUACGUGUUAGAAGAGAGUGUUGCUGGAAAGUAGUAGAUUUAUAUCGUAAGAGCCCUUGAAGUGUACAAAAUUGCUAUUAUAUCAUCACGUACAUGAUCAGCAGCUCGGAUUUUG